AUGGCGGCGCGGGGCCCCGAGGCGGCGGCGUUGCGGGCGCUGUACCUGUCGCGGGUCGCGGCCCGGCCCGGGCCCUGCGCCGACCCCGCCAUUGCCGCCCGGGCGCGGCGGCUGCUCCUGGGCCCGGAGGGGCUGCCGGGCCCGGGGCACAGCGGGGCCCUGGACGUGCGCGCCGUGGCCGAGCGGUGCCGGCGGGCGCGGGGCGAUCGCGCCCUGCGCGACCUGGUGAAGGCGCUGGAGCUGCUGGAGCUGCUCUGUCUCAACCUGCUGCUGUGCCCCUGGCGCAGGGAGAUCCGCUCGCUCAAGACAUUCACUGGUAACUUUGUCUACUAUAUCCAGUCAGUGCUCCCAGAUGACAUUGUCAAAGCAGUCCUGGAGAAAAUAGGGUACGUUGCAACAACAGCAACAGAGUUUUCACUUGUCAAAAAGAGAAACAAUGAGGAAACAAAGCAGACUGCAUUUGAAAUAUUCCUGGCAAGGAUCGAGUGCGAAACCAUCCUGGAAAUGACAAGUGAAGGAAAAGGUGGCAAUUUGGAGGAGCCCCUCCAGCAGAGAACACAAACACAGCAGCACCGAGGAGAGCAGGACAGAGAUCACCCACCCCAGAGGGGAGACACGGAAAAUCCAGACAAGGAAGAAAGCAGUGAGACAUCUUUGUGCCUCGCUCUCCAGCAGAACUGCUCAGCUCCCUGCCCUCUGUCCUUUGAAGCUGCUGGGAAUGUGGAAGUCAAGGAUAAGUUGGCUCAGGCAGCAGCUGCUCCAUCCACCUCCAUCGCUCUGGAACUCCCCAGGCAAGGCGUCGGCUCCGCGCGGCUGCCGGGGCCGUGCUCGGACAGCGAGGACUUCCUGGUCAAGUACAGUGACAUUGUCAUAGGACAAACACCUGUUUUCAGUGAGAAUCGUUCUCCAAGGGCUUUUCAGACAGAGCCAAGAGCCAGUGUGAGUGAGGAAUGUGCCUUGGCUGCAGAGCCCCGGGGGGCUGAGCUGGGGCCUGUGCCGUUGUCCCCAGGAGCCAGCGGCCCCCCAGCCUUUGCCAUGUUUGCUGACAGCCCCUGUGACAGCUCAGCCCAUGUGGAGUUCAGAGCUUCACAACUGCCCCAAGAAUCCAUUGAAGCAGAAAUCAAGGAUGCCAUGAACUGCAUAGACCCAGACCCUGCCGAUGGACCCGCUGAGCUGAAGUCUCUGCCCUACACGGACUUUGCCUCUGCCCAGACUGUCCCCAGGGAGGAGGAGGUUUGUGAUCUGUCCUUAACUUUCACAAAACUACAGAUCAAGGACACUCAGGAAGAUCUGAUGUAUCCAGUGGAGGAAACUGGCCAACCUGCAGCAGCAGCAUGUGCAAGUGCCAGUGACAGGCACAGAAGAGAAUUUAAUCACUCCAAAAUCAAACACGUAUAUCUGGCUGAUGCUGAGCCAUCCUCAGACCUGUGCUGUACUGCUGGGAACACGGAGCAUUCCACCACUGGUUCUGAUGGCAAGAGACUGUUCAUGGAUACUGGUAACACACACAGAGCCUCUGAGGGCUUCAGGCACAUCAGAGAGCCCCCCAACCUCACCUACAUCCCACCACAGAGUAUCGAUGUUCAGCCUUCACAGCCAAGAAGGAGCAGCACACAGGACAGAAGGACCCUCCUGCAGCCUGAACCUGACCCUCCUGAAUCCAGUGAAGUAACUCUGGAGAACUGGAAUUCAGAACUGAGUGAAAACCAGGAGCCUUAUGUCAUUAUUGACAGGACCGACCAAGGAAUGUUAUGCCAUCACAUUUGAGUCUACCAGUGCUUUAUCUCUAAUCUGCCUGGGGGUUUUGCCUCUCACUUGUGGCCUUGAUCAUCUUUUCAAGGAGAUGGUUAGUUUUGUCAAAACAGUUUAAAAAAACCCAAAACCACAUUACUGCUUUUGGACAGUAAAAAACAGGAGUAGUUUGUUAGCUCAUUGCAUUCCUUGGAAGCUGUUCUGAGCUCAUCUUCCUCCUGCCUUCAGCUGAGAACAAGUUUAGAAAGUUUGACAACGUUCCUCUAGGUUUGAGGAGGGAAACAGCCCUGUGAACACUCUUGGGUUUGGAGAGGCAAUAACCUGUAUUACGGGUUUUAUACCUGCCUUCAUUUAUAACCAGAAUAUUUUGUGGUUACUACCACAGUUUUCAAGAGAAGCUUUGAGCAUCAUAAGUGUUCACUGCCACCAGGAGAGAGAUCCAGCUACUGCUGCCAUUUCCCUUGCCCCUGCUCCUGCCACUUCAAUCUGCACCAGGAUUCACAGAAUUUUUCUGUAAACCAGUUCAUUUUAUUCAUUUUAUUUCAUCAUAAAAUUAAGGAGGAAAAACUGUCAUUCUGUGCCAUUUUAUUGUCAAGGAAAUGUCAGCAGAGAAGGUUGCAGUGAGCACCAGAGCCAGGAUGAGGGAUUCUCUGGAAGCAGCAGUGCUGUGUGCUGAGAGGGAAGGGGAGCAGGAGUGUUGGAUCAGCUGUGAGCUGAGUCACACCAGGGAGAGCCUCUGUUAAUUCAUUUAGAAAAUGAAUUAAAUGUUGUACCUAGUACCUAGCCACUGGUACUGUACUUAAGCAGAGUCUUCAGUGCUUCUUUAUACACUUGUUACCCAGAAGGACACUUUAAUACUGCAUUGAGCAGCUUUUCCAGCAGCACUUCAGUGUUUGCUGGUUUUGGCUGGGGUGGAGUUAAUUUUCUUCACAGUGGCUAAUAUGGGGCUCUGCUUUGGAUGCUAAAAGUGCUUUGUUGUUUCAUGUAUAGUUUAAACAGUAGCUGAAAUUAAUUUUGUAUAAAUAGCUUAUAAUUGAUGUUCAGCCCUCAAAAAAUUCAAAGAGGAGCACAUGGAUUACACUAGAAAAAGCUCAGAAGCUAAAAUGUAAAGAUCUGCUUUUUGAACCACUAAUUGCUGAAGUUCUGCCAUCCCCUGGUUCCAGCAGUGUGGGAGGAACAGAACUUUGCCCAAGCUCACACCAAGGGCUGCCUUCAGCUUUGGGUGAGGUUGUGAGAAACAGUUAUUAUGGACAAAAAAUGUUCACAGGGCUCUUUCCUGACAAAUCACAGUGACAUCCUCUGGGCUGUAGGAUUCUCUGUACUAAACCAUCAAGUGAGAUUUUCUGGACUGUACAAAACAUGCAUCCUGGGCUUCUACAACCCAUAAUGAAAUCAGAAUUUAGAACAAA